AUGGUCAUGGAUGGAUGUCUUAACAUCUACUGCUAUCAGAGACACACACUGGGCGCUGCUCCAGCUGAAGAAAUUCAGAGUUUCGCAUUGAGGCUUCUCACUUGUAAGUUCAAGUCCAGUGAAGACCAACUAGCCGCUGCUCGGGCGAGCGCUAAUGUUGCUGUAUGCUGUCCUACUGACACCGACAAGGGCCACGAUGAGAUCUUCAAGCGAAUCAUAGAAAUGAAUGAGGAACCCGAGGAUGAGUCCAUAGGGUUGGUGGACGCUGCACAUGCCUGUCUACUGCUGGGAGAUGGUUUGGAAGGGCUGGCAGCCCGCUACUUGAGGGACUCACUCAGGAGCACCGACAAGGCCGUGAGGGCUCGGGCCUUCAGUGCUGCUACUCGGACAAAUCGCAGAGUCUCCUGUCUGGUGCCUGCCUUGGUCGAAUACGCUAGCUUGCGAGAAGCCGCUGCUCCGGUGCUCUUCGAAACCAUCGCUAAGCAUUUGUCUGUUGAUACCUUGUCGGGAAUUGACGCCUUGCUAGUCGCACAAGCUGAACAGGCGGCGGCUCUCCGUCAUGCUACAAUACCGGAGAUUUGUGCUCAGCGGGGAGCGGUAUUGCCUGUGAGUGUCCGUGUAAUUGACAUCGAGGGGGCGCCUGCUGCUCUCAAACGGCUGGCGGCUCGCUUGGUGUCUGAAUGCCUCCAAGAUGGACGGUAUCAGCCAUUGCGCAUGCAUGCCAUCGACGAGCUCGCCAAGUGUCCUAACCCUCCUGAUAUCCUGCUGGACCAGGCCUUGAAGCCCUGCGAGGAGCUGCGAAACCCUAAGGAUCGAACGCUAGGUAAGGUCGCCAUAUUAGCCGGCAUGGUCCUGAGGAACAGCGCUAAGGUGACGUGCAGCACGAGAAGGAGAUGUUUCUCAUUCUUGCUGAGAAUAAUUGAGAAGGCUUGGCUAGUCUCUGGAUAUGUGUCUAACGUGGCGAUGGGGCAGUUGAGGGAGGCCCCAAGGGGGCAGGUCGAUUGGCUCAGAGUGGCCCAGGUCACAGAAGUUGCCUUAAAGAUGAUCCCGGGUGACAGGGAUGCGGCGGUAGCUAAGAAAGAAAUGGCCUUGCAGAAUUUCCUCACAAUUAUUGUUUCUGCUGAAUUAGAAGUAUGUUCAUGA